CUGUCUCGUCUCACUGCCUAUAAGUACCCAAGCCCGGGUCACGAGUCUCUCAAUUCCCUCAGCUCCAGUUGAAGUUACAUUCCCGGUCAGAUGGCGAAAACAGUGAGCAGCGACUCGGAAUCCACUGUUGCAGGGUCGGUUCGGGACUACCUGGUCUGGUCCAUCUUCAACCUCUCGUACAUGAAUUUCGGCUGCCUCGGAUUAGUGGCGCUGAUCUUCUCGAUCAAAUCUAGAGAUCGGAAAAUUGUGGAAGAUUUAGAAGGAGCUCGGUACUUUGCAGCCAAAGCCCGAACAUUCAAUAUUGCAGCCGCAGUGCUGAGCGCCAUUGUCUUCAUAAUCUUCAUUGCAUUGCUAGCCGCUGGCAUGUUUAAGGUGGCGAAAACGGUGCAACUGCAACAAAAAUAUAAAUUGUUUGGAAAGGGGUAGUGAAGCGAAGCGAUGAUGUCCGUACCUCAUUUGCCUAUGGUGGGAGCUGUUCCGUGACCGGAAUCUUCAACAGCUGCAUGCACUGUUGCUUCUUUCUAUCUAUAAUAAUGUAUGUCUAGUGCUGACAUAAUUAAAGUGAUCGCCUUGCAGAUUUACUUUAUCUCAAACAUGGCCAAGGUGUGGCCUUGAUUGUAUUAAUAAACCUAUU